ACGUCAGCGCGCAGGAGCGGCAGGAGGGAGCGGCUCUGGUCGAGAGAGCUUCACAGAAAGCGGGAGAGAGAGCGACGCGCAGCACAGCGGACGGGUGGAUGACUACAGACAGACGGUCAGGAUGCGUGAAUAUAAACUGGUUGUUUUAGGAUCAGGAGGCGUCGGGAAGUCAGCGCUGACGGUCCAGUUUGUUCAGGGAAUCUUUGUGGAGAAAUACGACCCGACGAUAGAGGACUCGUACAGGAAGCAGGUGGAGGUGGACGGGCAGCAGUGCAUGCUGGAGAUCCUGGACACGGCUGGAACAGAGCAGUUCACGGCCAUGAGGGACCUGUACAUGAAGAACGGCCAGGGAUUCGCGCUGGUUUACUCCAUCACCGCUCAGUCCACCUUCAACGACCUGCAGGACCUGAGAGAGCAGAUCCUCAGAGUGAAGGACACCGAGGACGUUCCCAUGAUCCUGGUGGGGAACAAAUGCGACCUGGAGGUGGAGCGCGUCGUGGCCAAAGACUCGGGCGUCGGCCUCGCCCGCCAGUGGAACUCCUGCGCCUUCCUGGAAACGUCGGCCAAGAGCAAGAUUAACGUCAACGAGAUCUUCUACGACCUCGUCCGGCAGAUCAACAGGAAGACUCCCGUUCCAGGAAAUACUCGCAAAAAGCCCGUCUGCCGACUUCUCUAAUGACAGUUCUGACUUGACCGACAACCUUCAAGCCAACCAAUCACAGAGCAUCUUCCAGCUGGCCACGCCCCUUUAACUCAACCACGGCAUCAUCGAUAUCGGCUAAACCCUCUGUUACCGUGACGACCACGUCCCAUCCCCUCAGCGGAGACUGUUGCCUUGGAAACAUGAAAAAAAAAAAAAAUCCCUCAAAAACAUCCGAUGAUGAUGAUGAUGGUGAUGGAGGAGGGCGGGCUUUUCCAAACAGCUUCCCAGAUUGAAACUCCAGUUCCCAUCAUGCUCUCUGCUGAGGCUCUGCUCCGGGCUGGGGGAGCCGCUUACAACUGUUUUCAUUUUAUUUUAUUUUUUUUGUUCCUUAUCAUUUUAUUUUUCUUUCACUUUUUUGUUUUCCAGGAUUUUUUUUUCUUCAAAUUCAACCGCAUGCAGCUUGACCGUCAGCCAUCUUGGCACUGCGGUUGCCACGGUGACGGCUGUCUGUAUGCGCCACUCUGGUUAAACCUGUGGAUCCUUACAGUGGUUAUUAUUAUUAUUAUUAUUAUUAUUAUGGCAGUGCUUAUUAUUAUAAUUCUGUGUAAAAAGAAAAAGAAAAAAAAUAUCUAAAGUCAGUUGAUGUUUUUUUAGUCUUAAUUUCCGGGUGGGCGGGGCUAACGGUGUGCAGCAGGUCAAAGGUCAGCUCACUGUGUUGCUAAAGUUCAAACCGGUUCAGUUCAAAACUAAAAGUUUUGUCAAGUGACGAUGCAGCCGUUUAAAAUCCAGGUUUCAAUAAAAGCUGAGGACAUUUUCAGAGGGAAUCAUGUUCAUGUUGUUCCACACAGGACAAACGUCAAUAUCAACAAAAAUAAAUACAUUUAUAAACUUAAAGUAAAUGUCUUAAAGCAGGUCAGCUGUCAUUUAUGGUUCUACUGGGAUUUAUUGGGAAACUGAGAAGAGAAAUGGGAAAAUGUGUGAAUUACGGAAAAUUUGUUGGUGAAUUCAGAUUUUUUUUGGUUUUGAUGGCAUCUUAGCUUUAGCAUUAUCCCAAAGAAAUAAUUGAUUUAGCUAGAAGGUAUGCUAACGGCAUUCUUCUAAUUCAAUGUUCUGUAAUUUUAAGAAUAAUUAUAAUAUAUAAAAUAAUAUCUAUAAACACUAAUGCUCCACUAUUUGGGAGGUAUUAGCUUCAUAAAAUAAAACUAAAUUAAAUGCUACCUGGCUAGCCUACAACAUUAGUGCUACCUUUAGCUUUUAGCUAAAUUAAUGCAACAUCAUCUUUAAGCUCUUGAAGCUACAUAACUUUUAAGCUCUAGUUGCUAAAGUUACCACCUACUGCCACUUAGAGCCAAUAGCUAAUGUUAGCAUUAAGCUAAUACUAGCUUUAAUUACUAACAUUACGCUCUUGAAGCUUCUUAAUGAUAACUUUUAAGCUCUAGUUGCUAAAGCUACUAGCUACUGCCACUUAAAGCCAAUAGCUAAUGUUAGCAUUAAGCUAAUACUAGCUUUAAUUAUUGACUUUAGGCUCUUGUAAGCUAUAGGUAAAAGUAUAUACUACCAACAAAACUAUUAGUUAUAAGUAAUGCUAGCUUUAGCUGUUAGCUUGAAGUGCCUGUAGCUGAAGCUAAUUCUAAAAUUAGUUGCUAGUAAGUUAGCAUUUGUAACCGUUCUGUGUUUAUUUUUGAAAGCUUUUCUUUUUGUUGAGUAAUAAAUAUUUGUACGUUGCUGUAAACUUGUGGAUAAAUAUCAGUUGAGGAAGAGAAAACUGGGAUGAAAGGGCGAAGCUAGUGAGUUAGCGAACGUGUUAGCAGCACAGUGAGCUCAGUCAGAACCUGCUGUGAUGGGCGAACAUGUUGCCUUCAGACAGCAGACUCACACUGGUCCAGAAUAUUUAUUUGGGAAAAAUAACUUGGAUGGAGUUACAGCAAACAGAAAACGUAUUUGUAGUUUGGGUUUAAAAUUCAUUCCCCAGGUGAGGAUUUAGCCUGUGGAGCUGCACAAAGUCGGUGAUCAGCGGAUUAUUUUUGUUUUUAAUGAGCGCGGUGGCGUUACAGAACCAGUACGUCGGACCUCUGUGAGUUCUGCUGCGGUGUUGUACUGUGGUACGGCGCAGUACUGCUGCCAGUAUUCUGCUUCUCCUCCAGUACAUUCAGUCAUGUAGCAUGUUGAUGUUCAGUAAGUACUCGGUCUGACCUCCAGGAGGUGCUGUGACGGUUUGCAUGCCGGUCAGAGGAGACGGGGGUCUGUUUGCAGCCGCGGUGAUCGGACCGCCAUGUUUCUGCCAGCAGGGGGCGACAGCGUGCUUAAACAGAAUCUAACACAUUAAUGUCUCGUUUCUUCAGUGCUUGGUAAUUUAAUUUCCCCAGCUUUCUAAGAAUGUGUCUUAUAAAUGCCUAUGAAUGUCCUUUUACCUCUUUGCAGCUACUUUUACACUGAUUCCCUCGGAUGUUCCAGUUAGUUGGUGUGUUUUGUGGGAGCCGCGGCUGCAGGCGGACAUUUCCGGCCUCCAAACAUCGGGCUGCAGGGGCUUUCGUCAUUUGCCAAACUCAGAUUCUGGAUGUCUGUUUGGAAAUCUCUUUGUUUUAAAGAAUAUUGAGGCCUUAACAGUAGUAGUUGUACUAAUAAUUAGCAUUUUUCAGUUGUGGGGUUUGUAAAAAAAAAUGUAAUAAAUGGAAUAAAACUUUGUGAUGUCGCUAUAAGCAGAUAUGUUUGUGUGAUGCUUUCAAAGGAAAUGUAACAAAAGUUCAAAUGGUGUGCAAUAAUAAACUUCUCCUGUCCAUUUAUCUGCUUACACCCACAUUACAGUGUUUUAUGAACCAUUUUAUACGUUUAAAUUGUUGGAAUCCCCUAAAACUCCCAACUUUACGUUGAAGUGACGAUUGCAACUGCAGCAAAAUCCAAAGUGGAAAAAAUUCCCCAUGAGUGAAAUGACGCCUUUUUUUUUUUUAUUUUUUAAACACUGUAUGGCACAGUGACCAGUGAAAUGUAAAGGAAACCAGUUCAGCCAGUGAAGCGCCAGGCUAGAACUGGUAUGGAGGUCGUCUGAACUGGUUUCUUCGUUCCAGAAACCCGCAGCAGCAGGAGGGGCAGCAGAGUGGAGGGGGGCGAAGCCAAAUGUAAAAACAAAACUAAGAAGCCUUAAAUGAAUAAAACUGGUGCAAUUUUGUAACAGAAA